AAUAAUGGGUAAAAAGGAGAGAGCACAGGAAAGAAGAGAGAAGAGACGCCAAGAAAUCUCUCUUCUCCGUACUAUUCCUUAUACUGAUCACCAAAGAUGGUGGUCAUCUGACACUAUUGCUGUCGUGACUGGUGCAAAUAGAGGAAUUGGAUUUGAAAUUGCUCGUCAACUGGCAUCACAAGGCCUAACGGUAGUUCUUACAUCACGGGAUACUCGUGUUGGUGAAGAAGCUGUGAAAGUUAUGCAAGAAGGAGGUUUGAAUGUGGUAAUUCAUCAAUUGGACAUUGUGGACCCAGCAUCAGUUCAAACAUUUUCUGAUUGGAUAAAAGAAAAAUAUGGCGGUUUAGAUAUAUUGAUCAAUAAUGCAGGAGUCAAUUUCAAUUUUGGCACAGAUAAUUCAGUGGAAUUUGCGGAAACCAUUAUCCGGACCAACUACUUUGGCACCAAAAAUAUGAUUAAAGCUAUGAUUCCAUUAAUGAGGCCUUCUCCUUUGGGCGCCCGCAUUGUUAAUGUGACCUCACGAUUGGGAAGACUUAAUGGCAGACGGAAUAGAAUAGCAAAUGUCAGCUUGAGACAACAACUGGAGGAUGUGGAUUCCCUGUCAGAGGAACUGAUCGAUAGUACCAUGAACACAUUUUUGGAACAAGUGAAAGAUGGAACAUGGGAAUCUGGGGGAUGGCCACAAGUGUUUACUGACUACUCAUUGUCAAAGCUUGCUGCUAAUGCUUACACCAGGCUAAUGGCGAGGAUACUUUCAGACCGGCCAGAGGGUCAUAAGAUGUAUAUGAAUUGCUAUUGCCCUGGUUGGGUGAAGACUGCCAUGACUGCGUGGGCUGGGCAUACAUCUCCUGAAGUCGCUGCUGAUACUGCAGUCUGGCUUGCUCUUAUCUCAGACCAGUUUGUGAAUGGUAAGUUCUUUGCUGAGAGACGUGAGAUAAACUUCUAAAAGUGGGCAUUGAAGACUAAUUCAAGAAUCAGCUCAGUUUCUUUUGCUUUUCAACGAGACUGUGAUUGAGUACAGAUAGAAGCAAUAGAGUACUGCUCCAUAGAGAUUAUGUUACAAUGCGUGUGCUCACUGAUCAAGUGCCUACUGAAAAUUGAUAUUGCUUAUGGGAAACAAUACAUUUCAGUAUAAGUUGUUAAAAUUGAUUACAUAAUCAUCAAACUCUGGUGGAUGCGUUAAAUUGGAGAAGAGCUGAAAGGGUGGUCUGGUUUUCUAGUAAUCACAUCCUGGAUAGAUCAUUUGCAUGUGUUUUCGUGUACCAUUUGUAACUUUAUUUCAACUACACUUGAUCUUAGCCAAAAGGCCGAGAAAUGUAUAUUGUUACUUUGUUGCAACUAUGAGUUGGUCCAGCAACCUUUUCUA